AUGAUGAAUACAAGCAUGGAAGGUGGAAGUGAUGAUGGCGAGUCUACUGAAUACGAAACUGAUGAAGAAGAAGAAACAAUAAAUGACCAAGGUAUGUCCCGAUCUCUUGUCAACAGGAGGCAUGAGGACGAUGACUUUGGUUUGCCCUCCGAUGAUGAGGAAGGAGAAGAUGACGAAGAAUCAGACAAUCUAAAUUCAACUGGUAAAUUCACUAGCAUUGGAAAUUCAUCAUCAUCGAAUAAUAUUGGUAAUAAGGGAAUAGUUGUUUCCAACAGAUAUGAGAGAGGUAAUAGCGGAAGCAACCGGCCAACUCCCACAACAACGAAUCAAAAACCCUCAUCGGCUCAAGGGAAAGUUGUUCCAAAUCAACAUUACGAUGAAGUAUUUGAAACCAAUGAUGAUGAAGUGCAUUCCAUCCCAUCUCCUGAACAUACUCCUAGAGAUCCUAGAAUGCAAGUUGGAGCCCCUAACACAAUUCCUUCAUCAGGUAUUGCAGUCACCACAAAAAGUGAAGUUCCUAACAAUCGAAUGCAACAUGAGUCAGAAGAAGAAGAGGAAGACGAAGAAGAGGAGGAAGAAGAAGAGGAAGAGGUGGAGGAUGAUGAGGAGGAAGAGGAGCAUUAUUCAGCAAGUAUUAACAACACAAAACAACAACAGCAAAGAUCACAACACGCCUCGUAUAAUGCAAACGAAUCGAACGUGUUACUCAGCAAAAUGAAUGUUUCCAACGAGCUUAAAGAAUUAUUCACGUACAUUAAUAGAUACAAACCUCACGAAAUUGAACUAGAUACAAAACUCAAGCCAUUUAUUCCUGACUACAUGGCUUCCGUUGGAGAAUUGGAUCCUUUUUUGAAAGUUAAACGACCAGAUCUUAAGGAAGAUGAAUUAGAUGACCUUGGUCUAAAAGUUAUCGAUGAACCAAAUCCAGUGCAAUCGGAUCCUACAGUGGUUACAUUAGAUUUAACUUAUCAGAUGAAAGGAGACAUGAGUACAACCAAUAUUGCUUCCUCUACUGCUCAUUCAGAAUCUGUUUUGUCAUCUGGAAUUUCAAUGAAAAAACCAGAAACCAUCAUUAAGAGUGUUGAGUCAGGCAAUGACAAAUUAAUUCUUAAAUGGAUUAAUGAUAUCAGAGAACUUCACAAAAAGAAACCACCCCCAACUGUUCAGUAUUCAAAAGUUAAUGUUGAUUUUACUCAGCUCAUUCAAGCUUGGCCUGACGCAUUUGAAGAGGAAUUGGCAAAAACUGAUCUUCCAGGUGCAGAUUUAGACGUAGAUCUUGACGAAUACAUCAAAAUAGUCUGUAGUAUUUUAGACGUACCUGUGUAUGAAGGCCAUUUGAUUGAGUCGCUGCAUGUUCUUUUUACGUUAUACCUUGAGUUCAAGACCAAUCAACAUAUUCAAUCUCAAAUGAUGUAG